AUGGCAUGUUCUGUGGCAUCCAUGCUCUUCGUUACUAUCUGCACACUGUCCUUAUUUCUGUCAGUUGCUUCUGCAGCAGCAUCUGUGGAAGGAAGGACAAGACCCUUUAAAAGAGUUUAUGCCUUUGGGGACUCUUUUACCGACACUGGCAACACCAAGAACGCUGAAGGUCCAAGUGGCUUUGGCCAUGUCUCAAACUCUCCCUACGGCACCACUUUCUUCAACCACUCCACCAACAGGUACUCAGAUGGAAGGCUCGUCAUUGACUUUGUGGCUGAAGAUCUUUCUCUGCCGUACUUGCCCCCUUAUCGUCACAGCAAAGGCAACGACACUUUCGGUGUUAACUUUGCUGUUGCUGGUUCUACUGCCAUAAACCACUUGUUUUUUGUCAAGAACAACCUCUCUCUUGACAUCACUCCUCAGUCCAUCCAAACUCAGAUGAUAUGGUUCAACAGGUACCUAGAGAGCCAGGAAUGUGAAGAAUCAAAAUGCAAAGACUUUAAUGAUACUCUAUUUUGGUUUGGGGAGAUUGGUGUCAAUGACUAUGCCUACACUCUUGGAUCUACUGUACCAGAUGACACCAUAAGGAAGCUUGCAAUCAGCAGUGUCUCAAGAGCCUUACAGGCAUUGCUAGAUAAGGGUGCCAAGUACCUAGUUGUGCAGGGUUUACCUCUAACUGGGUGUUUGACAUUGUCCAUGUAUCUGGCUCCUCCUGAUGACAGGGAUGACAUUGGAUGUGUGAAAAGUGUGAACAACCAAAGCUACUACCACAACCUUGUGCUGCAGAACAAAUUACAGGAAUUCAGGAAACAGUAUCCCCAAGCUGUCAUACUUUAUGCUGAUUACUUUAAUGCCUACCGCACUGUCAUGAAGAAUCCAACCAAGUAUGGAUUCAAAGAGGUCUUCAAUGUUUGUUGUGGAUCAGGAGAACCACCUUACAACUUCAGUGUGUUUGGCACAUGUGGCACACCUAACACCACUGCCUGCUCUAACCCUUCUCAGUACAUUAAUUGGGAUGGUGUUCACCUCACUGAGGCCAUGUACAAAGUUAUCUCUAGCAUGUUUCUGCAAGGAAAUUUCACCCAACCACCGUUUAAUUUUAUGUUGGAAAAAAAAGAGAGGUUGGGGUGA